AGGGCACAUGGACCGAAUUUUCAAUUGGGAUGAACCAAUGCAAGAAUCCUACACGUGAUGAGACGCCAUACAGUCGUAUAGUUGUCACUAGGAAAUUGUUCGUAUAACGCAGUCCCAAAAGGCCAUGUCUCGCGCUCUGUCACUAACUUUUGCUCUUCGAUACAAUUUUUUGAAUCCGGCGUCCGUUUGUAAAAACAAAGUCAUUGUCUCUGUACUGUUUCUCGGUACUGAUUGCUCGAGGACUUCUGUGACCAGGUUAUUAGGUCGGAGAUUUGGUUCGAGAACCUGGUAUGCCAAGUUAGGUGUCUUGGAUAACAGAGAAAUGCCGAGCGAAGUGACUGACCGUCCUUGUUCCUCAGCGCAUUUGCACAUUGAUACCAAACAAAUGGACGCGGUUAGUCGGGUCAAGAGAGUUUCUAUAGAGGGGAAUAUAGCGGUUGGUAAAUCAACUUUUGCACGACUUCUGCAGUCUUCAAGUCAGGACUGGGAAGUUGUACAAGAGCCUGUCAGCAAGUGGCAGAAUGUUGAAGGUUCAUCUUCACAGACAGGUAGUAACCUGUUGCAGAUGAUGUACCAGGAUCCACAGCGUUGGUCCUACACCUUCCAAACCUUUUCCUGCAUGAGCCGCAUGCGCACGCAGCUGCAGCCACCGCCUGCCCGCCUGCUUGCUGCAGAGGGCACACCUGUGCAGGUGUUUGAGCGCUCUGUCUACAGUGACAGGUAUAUUUUUGCGCUGAACAUGUUCGAGCUUGGUUGCAUCAGCCCCACGGAGUGGGCUGUCUACCAGGACUGGCACUCCUUCCUGGUGGAGCAGUUUGCCCGCCGCAUGCACCUAGAGGGCAUCAUCUACCUCAGGGCCCCUCCAAAGACAUGCAUGGAGCGUCUGGGGCGACGUGGGCGAGAGGAAGAGAGUGGGGUGGAGUUGGACUACCUGGAGAAACUGCACAUUCAACAUGAGAAGUGGCUGGUCGACAAGAGCACAGAGUUGCACUUUGAGCAUCUCAAGAAGGUGCCUGUGUUGACUCUAGAUGCCAGCGUGGAGUUUGAAACAGACAAGAAGGUGCAGGAAAACCUGAUCACCCAGGUGAGGACCUUCUUCAGUGGAUUGUGAAAGAGCCAAGCAGUUGACAAGCACCAGGAUGUCCAUCAUCUCAAACUCUCAAACACAUGCACAUACACUCACACACACAGGCAAACACACUAACUACUUUGGUACAGAAGAACUAUUAUGCACUGAAAAAGCACCCACUUUGACUAAAUUAUUUGCUGACCAACACUUACAUGUUUCCAAAUUGGAAACUGACCAUUUAUGUUACUGUAUUUUCAGAAUGGCUUGAAGCUGAACUGUUGAGAUAUGCUGUAAUAAGUGUUACUGGGACCCCCUUUAGAAAACCUUGACAUAGCUGAUUACUUAGAUAACCCAACAUUCAAGCAGCAUUCCCAAUUAUGGAUUGAUCAGUUUAUAUUUCAAAUUAAAAUCCCUAAAUAUUAGGGAUUAUUCCCGAGUAUUCCCAGCUUUCUGAAGAUGUGCAACAACACUGAAGAAGUCUCAGUGCCCAAAGGCUACUUAUGUUUCAUUUGCUUGACCAAUAAUUAACAGGUGCUCCCUGGCUUCAGGAACGGGGGAUUUUUUUGGCGCUUCAGUGGGGUUGCCUUAGAAACAUGACUGAAGGUUGGGAUUUUUAGUAGAUGGACUCCUCUGAGUAUUCCUGGCCUGAGACCCAACAUAAAUGACAGUUCCAGAAAUGUAAUGCGAAUCUGAUUCAAGAUUACACAAAAGAAUGAUAUGGUAGCAGGAAGAAAAUACCAUAUAUUCCAUACCUUAUCAUAGUGAGGACAAUGCAUGGCAACCGCACAGUUCCUGUUUUCACAUUUAUCAAAUAUUGUUUACUUCUUUAAUGAUACGUGAACCAUACUCCAUCUGUAAUCCUAUUUAUUUUUUUAGAUCAAGUAGAGUGAGUUUUCUAAUUUUCAUGUUCA